AUGAAAAUAAUAAAUGCAGACAGUCAAUAAACUUGUGAGCAUUACAAUAUGUAGAAACUAUUUAAUUUCUCUUUUCCUUCAAUAAGUGAAGGAUGCGUGUGUAAAAACGGAGAUAUUAAAAUGAGUCUUUGUAACUAAACUUUUAAAGGAAGUAAACCUUGCUCACCAUAAGGAGAUGGAGAAAAUGUUUACAAAUAAGAAGGAUUUUAGGUGGAAAAUUGGGGUUUAAGAAUUAAUACUAACUAAACGUAAAAUAACAAUUAUACUAGCUAAUCUGAUAACGACUAAAAUACAAAACUCCUUUCUUUUUAAAUAUGUGGAUUAUAUAAUACUGAAUAUAACUAUUUAAAUAGUUUUAAUGUAAAAUUUGACGAAAGUAAUAGUUUACAUAGCUAAGAAAUGAUCAAUAACAGCAAUAGUUGCUAGUAUAUAAAUAAGGAGUAUGAUUUAUUCAAUUUGUCUUCUUUUAAUAAUUUAACUUACUAAAAUUGCCCUAUAACCUCCUUCAAAAUAAUUGAUAUUCGAUCUACUUAGUAUCAAUAAGGUUAAAAUACUUACUAUCUAGAUAUACCUUAAUCUGAUUACAUGAAAUUUUAAGUAAAACGUGAUCCAAAUGCAUACCCUUUGUCUUAAAUAUCAGUACAGUGGGGCAAAGGAAUUUGCUUAAAUAGUAAUUGGCCUGAACCAAUAAAUAAUAAAUACGCUUAUAAGCUUUACAACAUACAAGUAAAUGAUUGCUAAUUAGAUAAUAACUUUUAUCCAAUCCUUAAUAGCUAAAUAGGAUAAAAAGAUUUAAUUAUUAACAAUCAUUAAGAAUCUUUUAUUUAAAAACUACCAAAUUUAUUUAAUGAUAACAUCAAUUAAUUUUCUAUUUUUGCUAGAUAAUUUCCCAAGAUGAACUGUAAUCAAAGAAUGAAAGCUAUAAUUGUAUAUAAAUUUAUUUUGUCAGUAGUUAACAUAGGAAUAUAAAUAGGAGUUAUUUACUACAUUAAUGACAAUAUGAUAAAUAUCAUAGAUAGCUUAUGUGAUCAGUAAUGUGUUGAUUAAAUCACUUAUGAUUUGUUAAAAAAAAAUGCUUAGUUAGACAGAGAUAUUGCUCAUGUACUUUAAUAGACAGCUCUUAACCAUGCCCCUAGAAAUGAGCAUGCAAGGAUAAGCAGUCUAUUAGCAAUUAACUAAAAUAUAAAUAAUCCAAACUCUAUCUUUUAAAUUAGAAUGGAUGAAGACUAAGACAUCUCAGAAAAAGGAAAUACCACAAAAGACACUCAGUCAAUCAAGAGAAACAUUGAUUUUUAUUGA